UUAAUUGUUUGGGUAGUUGUGGAACUGCGAAAAGUAGACCUAGCUGGAUCACAGAGUGAUUUGGGUUUGAUUCCCGGAGGAAAGGUGAAACUAAUACACAGUUCAUCUAUAGAUCUCAUUGACAAAUUUUUUAGAAAAGAUGUCCUGACUCUGGGACUACCUGAAACUAUGAAUAUUAAGUUCUUUCCGCAAGACUCCAACCAUUUUGUCAUUGGAACAGACAUUGGAAUAUUAACCCACGGAACAAGGUAUGGAUUGAUAGAACCACCAGUGCAAUACACAUCUCUGCACAGCAAGCUGAGGCCAUCAAAAGUCACUGCAAUUGAUUUCUCACCAUUUGCAGUGCCAGCAUUUUUGGCAGGAUGUACAGAUGGCUGUAUACGGUUACACACGAUGAGUGCAGAGUAUCCAGUAAUGCAGUGGAAUGACACUACUGGUGGCCAGCCCAUUAUUGCACUACAAUGGUCAUUGACCAGACCAACCUUGUUUUUUGUCCUGGAUGCAGCAUCUUCUAUCCACAUAUGGGACUUGUUACAAAAUGACUUACAGCCAAUCGCCAAAGAAUCCAUAACAUCUGACCAGGUACUGAGCAUGUCAGUUUUCGGUGAACCAGAAAAAAAACAAUAAUCUGAUGGGUCUGGCUUUAGCCAAAGCAUCUGGAACAGUGGAAAUCCAAUAUAUAAAGAAGAAGUGGGCCAAGCCACAGCCAAAGGAGAUAGAGAAACUUCAGUUAAUUUUGCAGGAGAUUCUGUAA